AUGAGCCAUGCGUUUAAAUUAAAGUUAGAGUUUCAUACACCAACGAAGAAAACAAAAACCAAAUCAGAGGAUGCCCAAGUUCAGUCCCCUUUGGCAAGGUUCACAGACUCCCACCAUUGGGACUACCCUUUAAAAGAGUGCACAUUAAGUGCCAGCAACAGAAAGUAUUACAUAAAAGGAAAAAAGCAAAAGGACUGCAACAGACACAGCUCUAAUGAUGAAGAAUUUAUUGGGCAACCCAAAGUUAUCUUGACGAAUGUCCUGUGGACAAAAAUAGGAAGAAAAUACACACAGAUGCAGCCUAAAACUGGUGCUAAUUUUUCUGAUGCUGGCAAGCUGCGGUCAGAUCAACCACCCUCAUCAUCUGCUGCUAGCAUAAAGAUUUGGCAAAUUUUAAAUCCUACUCUCCAAAGCCUUUUUCUGUCUAAAAGGCAACCGAAAGUUAUCUUGACGAAUGUCCUGAGGACGAAAGUUGGAAGAAAAUACAUUGACAGCCAUGUAAUAAUUGAUGCAAAUUUAUCUGCUGCUGAUAAAUUACAAUUGGGUCAACUACCCUCAUCAUCUGUUGUCAGCCUACAGACAUGUCAGAUAUUAAAUUCUCCUCAUGAAAGUUCUUUUCUAUCUGAAAGAUCUGAACAUUGCCUGAGGAAGACAGAUGAUGAUCUCUGUAAAUUGACCAAGGCUUCUAAGGAACCAGAAAAAAAUAGUGUCCUCACUUCUAGAAGACAGGAACUGCAAAAGAAAGAAAACAAGAGCUGUGAUGAACUGAAAAAGAGGAGCAGUCAGAAGCAAUCGGGUCCUUUUGAUUCUGAGAAAAGGAAAAGAAGAUCUAGUGGCCAUAUUUCUGGUGAUUGUAAUGCACACAUUCCAGAAAAAUCACUUCUGCUAUCUAAAGAGCAACGAUUGAGUUCAACUCAGCCUCCUGGUGUCAGCACACUCUGUGAGAAUGGACAAGAUUGCAGAUCUAAUGCAAUUCUGGUGCCAGAUGAUAUUCCCCAGCCAUUAGAGAGAUACUAUAAAGAUGCUUCCACCCACAACCACUUAAGACCUGCUCACAGCUGCCUGGAGGAACCUGGCUCAGAGUCUUCAUUCAGAAACUUGUCAGAGAAACAGCUUUCUGCCAUCAGUGGGGAUGUGGCUUCACCACAAGUUAGUACCAUCAGGAAAUUAAAGAUGGACACGUCACAGUACCUGAGCAAGCUGCGGAACAGACUCUACAGGGGUAAUCGGCAACUUGUUUCAGUUGAUCCAAUUGUCCUUUCCAGUGAUGAUGAAGAUAGACCUUCUGAACCAAAAUGCACUGAGCUGCUUCAGGAUAAUAUCACUGAUAGUAAAGAAACAGACCAACAGUCUGACUUCAAUUUCUCAGCAAAGCAGGUGGAAGACAAGAUGGAAAGUCACACAGAGCAGUUUAUAACAGAGUCAAUUGAAGAUAAAUGUCCUAUCAGUUUACCUUCUGGAAGCACACCUAGAAAACAGACAAACCCAGCAUUGGCAGUGAAAUUUGAUAGUCUUUACAUUGGGAAAUUUAACUGGCUAUCAACAGGUCCUGCUAGGUUUACAAUCAAGUAUAUUGUGAUCCCAUUUCAGGUGGCUCUUAAUAAGAGUAUUAACCUGACAGUAGAUACUCUGGAUCUGAGAAGGUUUGGUAUGUGGAGAAGUGACGGUGGCUGUUCUGCAACAACGAUAAUUUUCCUUUGGUUGUCUGUGGAUUAUGUAGAAAAGAUUGAAACCCAAUUAGGAAAGUUAGUCAUGAGCAAGCCAUCUAAAUCUAGUGAAUUUGUAUUUCUUAAACUGUCCCAACCACUCACAGAAUGGGAAGAAGACAGACUGACUGAAGUGAUUACAGGUGUGAGCAAGAAGAACAGAGCACCAGAUCUCCUUGAGUUUUUGUCUUUGAAGGAAGCACUAUCCUUGUUUAAGGACCUUUCUCCUGAAGAGAGCUCUUUUAUAAAUUACAGUAAGGAUCUACUAAAGCAACGUAUACCAAAACAGAAUAUCGCAGAUGCUUAUAAGCCUGCAGUUCAGGAAUCAAAAUCAAAAGUGGCUAGGCCCAGUUAUGCCCUUGCAAAUAAGCAGAAUAGUGGUUGCUAUUCUAUCUCUCUGUCCUCUGCACUGAAUGAAGAAUGGAAAGAAGUAAGAGAAACUGGAGCAGUUAAGAACUUAAUUAUUUAUCCACCCCCACCUGCAAAAGGAGGACUGGGAGUCACAAGAGAAGACCUAGAGUGCUUAGAAUAUGGAGAGUUUCUCAAUGAUGUCAUUAUUGAUUUCUAUCUUAAAUACCUGUUGUUGGAAAAGGUGCCAAAACAUCUUGCUGACCGCACACACAUUUUUAGCAGUUUCUUCUAUAAGUGCCUGACCAGGGCAGAAAAAAAUUCUGAGGGGGAUCUCAAAGUUCCAGCAGCACAGAGAAGACACAGAAGAGUAAGAACGUGGACUCGUCAUAUAAACAUCUUCAGUAAAGAUUAUAUCUUUGUGCCUGUGAAUGAGGAGUCUCAUUGGUACAUUGCAGUUAUCUGUUUUCCUCGGUUAGAAGAAGCUGUGUAUGAGGAGUGUCCCCAUCAGAGUUUAUUAUGUCACCAGCCACAACAGUCUCCACUUUGGUCAGAGAGUGACAACACUAGAACUGGUUCAAUGUUGGCCAUUCCUGGUAACUGCAAAGAUGAAGAAGAAAUGGUUGUUAACAAAAAUUUAUCCUCUGAAGGUGGCAAGGAAAUUGCUGCUUCUGCUUCAGUCCUGCAUUCGGCUAUUUCUAAAAUCUCCCUAAACAAUUCCAAAAGACAGAUUUGUAAAAGGCCUUGUAUACUCAUCUUAGACUCUUUGAAAGCUGCUUCUGUGCAGAAAACAGUUCAGGUUUUGAGAGAGUACCUUGAAGUGGAAUGGGAAGCUAAACGAAAAAUGCAUCGAGAAUUCAGUAAAUCAACAAUGAUUGACCUGUAUCCCAGAGUGCCUAAACAAGAUAACAGCAGUGAUUGUGGGGUCUAUUUGCUGCAAUAUGUGGAAAGCUUCUUUGAGAAUCCCAUAGUUAACUUUGAAGAGCCACUGCAUCUGGAGAAGUGGUUUCCUCGUCAGCUCAUCAGAAGCAAAAGAGAAGAAAUUCGGGACUUGAUCUUGCAACUGCACUUUCAACAGCAUAGUGGCAGCAGCAGCUAAUAAAUCAAAUAAGCCAUGCCUGUUGCCAUGUUCCAGUUGCUGUAUAAAGCAGCUGGAACUCUACUUAGCAGCAUUUGGUCUCUUUCUGCCUUGCAAGUUAAAAAACAAAACAAAAGAACCAGAAGAAGUGUUUUGUUUGUUCAGUGUGUACUUAUUUAAUUUUUUUUUUUUUUCAUUUGGGUAGUGUGGCCAUAGAAUGAAUUGCGGGGGGGGGGGAAGGUUGUAGAUAAAAGCGUAAAUACGUAAGUUAAGCUAGUACAUAUGGAUUGCUAAUUGAAUCUUUACUUGGAAUAUGAAAGCUGCAUACACGUAUGCACCACAAGGAGGUAAAAAUGUUCAUCUUUUGAAGCUUGCUUUUUACAAUUCUGUAUGAACAUGGAUGAUUAUAUUAUAGUCAGGCUUAAAGACAGGAUUUUGACCCUAUAUUCUAUCUCUUUUGAUUUUGGAUCCCAUGCAGAUAUAGUGAAUAUGAUGUAUUGGUUUUAUUUAAGGAUCUAAUAUUGACUCUCUUCAGAGAUGUAUUUUUUGUUUUUGUUUCUGUUCUCAGAAGUAGUCUGUAUGUGUCAGGAUUUGAGGUUGAUGAGUUUUAAUUUUUUUUUUUUUAUUUUUAUUUUUUCUUCUCCCUAGCCUUUUCACCAUGAAAAGUCAUUUUCAUGAGUGGAAAACAUUUGCUUGAGAAUGACUGUUAGAAUCUUUCAAAGUCUAGAGUGGAUUUAUGAAAAAGAUCUUAUUUUUUUUCUUAGCAGUUUUUAGAAGAGAUCUUGCUGUCAAAUGCAAUACAUGUAUGCAGUACAUUUUUAAUCCUAUUCACCUUGAUUUGGGGAGUUAUUUUUAUGAAUCUUAUUGCAUCACUUGCAUUAGACAGAUAAGAAGGUUGUAACUCAACAACCUUAAAAGUUUGAGGUGUUUUACUGGAAAGUAAGGCAAAUUAAUUCAAAAAGGUCAUUCUAUUCUACAUAAUAUGUCUUUAAGAUACAUAAUUUGCACAUAAGACAUCAGGAUUUAUACUUUCCUCAGGAGAGUUGAGUAAAGAUGUCUGAAUAUUUGAGUGUUUGAACUCAGACUUGAUUUGAUAAAGUAGCACAAGUUUAUCAUUGUCUAAUAUGUAUUUAUGAAGUUUUUUCCUCAAACAGCCAUCAUGUUAAACUUUAAUAACAUUUUGAUGUGCACGCUUUUUUUCUGUAGUUACUACAUGAUAGAAGGUUACUGUUUUAACACGAUGCUUUCUCACUGGGGAACACCCCAUUGUAAGUAAACUUAAGUAUUAUCACAUCCGUCAUGAGGAGCAUGUAUCAGAUAAUUCCAAAGCCACCUGUGUCAUAAACAUAUCUACAAAACCAAAACCCUUAAAGCUGAAAUUAGGCUAGAGGGUUAAAAUAAAAAUUGAGGGCAAUCCAAAGAUGUGAACAUUUUUACAGCAUUGCGGAAUUCUCAGGGCACUUUCCCUCAAUAUAAAUCUGAAACCUAGCAUUUGGAAAAUCCAGUUAUUACUUCAGGUUCUGUACAGUCAUCCAGAAAACCCACCACCAUUGUUUCUCAAACCAGGAAGCAUUCUUUCUGGAGAAGAGAGACGAUUUUAAAACAAAAUAAUUUGCUGAGCAGUUACCUUCUGUAUAGCUGUGAGCAGCCUAGUGCAACUACUGUAUAUUUUUUGGUUUUGUUUCUACUUUAAUUCUGUACUUUGUCACUAUUCCCACACCAUCUGUCCCUCUCAACCCAGAAUUUUUGUGGGUUUCAGCACCUAAAUCACUACAUCAGCAUUACUUACAGGGAUAAUUGGUGUAUUUAUUGUAAGACAGAUGAAGAAUAAAAUGUGGAAAUGUUUGCCCUUUCUCUAUACCUUUUUAGUUAUAAAUAUUUACGGUGUUUCCUUUUGAAAAAUAGUUUGGUCUUUUUCUCAUGGUAAAGUUAGUUUUUAUCAUAAUUUGUUCUUUUUUAGAUUGACUUGGUUUUAGGUAUGUAAAAGCAAAAUCCGUGUAUAAACUUUUCUAAAUUGGUUUUAUACAUUAAAGGAUUGCCUUUGUAGAUUUGUUAGA